AUGGACCCCAUGAGUCAGUGUUGCGUUGGGGCGGUAAAUAUCACCCAGGUGAUGGGCUCCAACAAGGACCCCUCUCGUGGAUCUGGGGCCGAACACCGAGUGGGCUACCCAUCCAGGGCUGCUCCACAUCCACUGGGAGCUCCGCCGUGGACAACGUGGCUUCCAGAAUGCCUAUCGAAGGACCAGCCUCCAUCUUACAUGCAGGAACUGCUGCCAGCAUUGGGACGUCAGAAUGCGCUCCCACUGACUGCCAAUUGCCAACUGCCAAUUGCCAACUGGGUCGCAUUCACCUGGCUCCUCGACCGACUUUCUGGCCUUAAAUCACCUUCGCUGAUGAGCAAGGAGCGACUGGAGCUAUGA